UCUCCCGAGCGUCCAGGCUGGAGGCCGCCAGCCUCCUCCUCCCCGCCCCCAGCCGGGAGCCGCUGGAGCAGCUCCGGGUGUCGCACCGCGGAAGGCUGGCAGGUUCGCUCCGCCACUCCGCGCUGCAAGGCACCGGGUAGGCGGCAACGACCGGGAGGCUCGGCUCUGCACCGCUCCGUUAGAGUUACAUCGCAGCCACCGCCCCUCACUGUCUCCAGCUGCUCGCGCACGUUAGGGGCUGGCGGGCCGCGGUGCAUCUGUGCUCUGGGCGCCCAGCCGGCCCUGCCCAGUGUUCCCCUCGUAGCGGGCAGUCGCGCCUCGUCCCCCGCCUGGUCGCACGUCCAGCCCGCUGGCCUUGCCUUAGGGCAGCUCAGCCCCGGAGAGCCCGGCGCGCCUGGCUGCCGGCGAGAUGAGCUUCUUCGGCUUUGGGCAGAGCGUGGAGGUAGAGAUCGUGCUCAACGAUGCGGAGAGUAGGAAGCGGGCCGAGCACAAGACGGAGGACGGGAAGAAAGAGAAGUAUUUCCUCUUCUACGACGGAGAGACGGUCUCCGGGAAGGUGAGCCUCGCACUCAAGCAUCCCAAUAAACGUCUGGAACACCAGGGCAUCAAGAUCGAGUUCAUCGGGCAAAUCGAACUCUACUACGACCGCGGGAACCACCACGAAUUCGUGUCCCUGGUGAAGGACUUGGCCCGGCCUGGAGAGAUUACCCAGUCUCAGGCUUUCGACUUCGAAUUCACCCACGUGGAGAAGCCCUACGAGUCCUACACAGGGCAAAAUGUGAAGCUCCGGUAUUUCCUUCGAGCCACCAUCAGCCGCCGCCUCAACGAUGUAGUAAAAGAGAUGGACAUUGUGGUUCACACCCUCAGCACGUACCCAGAGCUGAACUCUUCCAUCAAGAUGGAGGUCGGGAUCGAGGACUGUCUGCACAUUGAGUUUGAGUACAACAAAUCCAAGUACCACUUGAAAGAUGUCAUUGUGGGGAAGAUAUACUUCCUGCUGGUGAGAAUCAAAAUCAAGCACAUGGAGAUAGACAUCAUCAAGCGGGAAACAACAGGCACAGGCCCCAACGUGUACCACGAGAAUGACACGAUAGCCAAGUACGAGAUCAUGGAUGGAGCGCCCGUGAGAGGGGAGUCCAUCCCAAUCCGGCUCUUCCUGGCGGGCUACGAGCUCACCCCCACCAUGCGGGACAUCAACAAGAAGUUCUCCGUGCGCUAUUAUCUCAACCUGGUGCUGAUAGACGAGGAGGAACGGCGCUACUUCAAACAGCAGGAAGUGGUGUUGUGGCGGAAGGGUGACAUCGUACGGAAGAGCAUGUCCCACCAGGCAGCCAUCGCCUCACAGCGCUUCGAGGGCACAGCCGCCCUGGGUGAGGUGCGGACCCCCAGCCAGCUGUCGGACAACAACUGCAGGCAGUAGGCCCCCCGGGCCCGGACGCGGCGGGGCUCCCACCCAGCACCCCCGUCUAUCGGACACACCAGCGGCUGGGGGCGGGGGACGGUGUGAUGCUCAGCUGACAUGUUACUUGUAACCUGAAAACAAAUCAUGUUUUUGACUUACAUUCUUUUUUCUGAAGAACCUUAGGGGCUCGGGCCAGGAAGCAGUCUCCCGGGGGUUCGGCAGCUGGUGUGGGAUAGUGAGAGGCAGCAUCCUGGGACGCAGUGUCUCUGGGAAGAGAGCCUCCGUCGAGGCCUUGCACGUGGGCCACCUCGCAUCGUACAGGAGAACAGAGUGCCAGGGUCUUUGGCUCCAGCCCUCUGGCUUCCUGAUACAGCAUCUGACCACGUCCCUGGGAUUCUGAGCUGCCACCGGGGCCCCGGGUAGUCACAUCUUGUCCCCACCUUUGCCCCUGAGGUAGUGGCAGGAGUUGGGCCUGCCUCAUCCUGUGUGUCCAAGGGGAGACUCAAGAUUAGGAAGCUACCUCUCUGGGAGUCUUGGAUGUGGUGCUUUCCACAAGCCACCUCAUCGCCGGCCUUUUCUCCCCGCUGGGAGCCAGGUACCCCUUUUCCAUCUUCUAUGGAUUCUUGUCUGACAUCCUGGGACAGAAGCCUGCGGAAGGGCCUUUGCCUGGUGUCCCCUCAUCUGUGAGGAAUCCUGGCACAGAGAUCCCCCCAAGGUCAGUGUCAUGUGUGGAGAGCAGCAGUGGCGAACGCAGGAGGCGUUGCCGGCGCACGAGGCAGAAGGGUGCUCAGCGCGUGGCAGCUGCCUGCCUCCACCUUGGACCUCCCCAGCGUCAGCCCCGGGCGCCGUGCGGGCUGGGGUGCCCGGGUACCCAGCGAGCAUAAACAAGAGCGUCUGUUUCCUUUAAAGUCAGAUCCCAGGAAAGGGACUUGAUGUCUUGGCUGCCCUAAGAGUGGAUCCUUAUCACUCCUUGCUCUCCAUUUGAUUUCUGAGAACGGGGGCUGGGUUUCACAGUUGGAAAGUCUUGUUCUGACCACUGCCCAAGCUCUGUCACUCCUUCCUAAACCUGAGAGUAAAGGUGGGCAGUGAGGAUCUCAGCAGGAGGCUCUGCCCCGCAACUUCCGAGUGAUCCUGCCUGCCCAGUCAGGUCCUCGCCUUCACCAGCCGACUGACCCCCGCGUAGGACCACCGCUGUUUCUCUUUGGAAACACGUUACAGGAACGCACGUGGACAUUCCUUUACACAAGAGAAGGGGAUCCCCCGGCCACGCUGCCCUGGGCCGUUGCAGUCGCAGUGUUGACAUCCUGUCUCACCGCCUCUGGAGAUGACCAGGAAUGACUCUCCUGCUGGCCUGCCGUCCGUGCUGGGAAGACAAGCAGGCCCUGCUGGCCACAAAGGGCUCAUCUGAAUGUCUGAGUUCUCUGAACCUUGGGCAGCAGAGAGGCUGGUUUCCGUGUCAUCUUUCCGUUAGUGCGGAAAACCAGGAUGGCUCUUCCUGCAAAUUAAGUGCAGUCGUGGGCCUCUGCUGGGCAGGGCGUGCACGUUAGAUCCAAGACUGGAGGGAAGGGCAUCUGGGGUGACACCUGAGUCUGACCGGGGGACAGCAGCACCAAGGAGGGCGCAGUGGUUUCCCCAGGGCUUGGCCCCAAGUUCAGGUACAACGGACAGUCCCCUGGGAACAGGAUCACCAUCCAGCUGUCCCUGGAUCUUCAAGGGUGCAGCUUGAGUGUUAUGGGGAGGCAGGUUCUGUGCUCCUGCCUUUUUCAGAGCGUGAGUAAGCUCCGGUGUGCCUCCCGUAACCGAUGAUCUAACUGGAAAGCAUCUGUCCAUUCCUCUGCCCCCCCCACCUGACCACACAAAUUAAUUUUCCAACUUUCUUAACAUCGUAAACCUUUCUACUGGGAGAACUAGAAGAUAGAAUUUGCUUUUAUUCUCUCAGGAGCUGUGCACAAGCCAGAUCUGAUUUCUUACUGUGCCCCAUUCUCCACUUGCCCAACUGUGGAAGUGAGGGGAGGCUCCCGGCCCCCUCUGUUAAAGGUCCCCACACCUGGGAGUGCAUAGGUACUAAACCAAGCAGUGCAACUUGUAAUUAAGCAGCUGCGGUGUUUACAUGUUUCUUAAUGUAUCGUCUUUUCAAUGGCUGUAUUUUAAAAAAAAAACACUUGUUUCAGCUGUCUCUCUGAUUAAAGGAAGCCCCUGUGGCUUGCUGGCAUCUU